CAUGGAACAAGCUAUCCACUCCAGAGUCAAGCCCAUACAGCUGAAAGGAGAGCACCAUUCUAAUAUUUUUUGCCUGGCUUUCAACAGUGGGAACACCAAAGUAUUCUCUGGAGGAAAUGAUGAACAAGUUAUCCUCCAUGAUGUUGAAAGAGCCUUUCUGCCUGGCAAACUAUCCAUCGGCCUUUCACAGUGUCAUGUUUAACCCUGUGGAGCCUAGGUUAUUGGCCACAGCCAAUUCAAAGGAAGGAGUGGGACUUUGGGAUAUUCGAAAACCUCAGAGUUCUCUCCUACGCUAUGGUGGCAACCUAUCCCUUCAAAGUGCCAUGAGUGUGCGAUUCAAUAGCAACGGGACCCAGCUCCUGGCCCUGAGGCGUCGCCUGCCCCCUGUGCUCUAUGACAUCCACUCCCGCCUGCCUGUGUUCCAGUUUGACAAUCAGGGUUACUUCAACUCUUGUACCAUGAAAAGCUGCUGUUUUGCGGGAGAUCGUGACCAGAAAUCAAUGGAAAAAUAUCCCCAGUAUAUCCUUUCAGGCUCUGAUGACUUCAACCUGUACAUGUGGAGAAUUCCUGCAGAUCCAGAAGCAGGUGGCAUUGGUAGGGUGGUCAACGGAGCCUUCAUGGUGCUGAAAGGGCAUCGGUCUAUUGUUAACCAGGUCCGAUUUAACCCCCAUACCUACAUGAUCUGCUCUUCUGGUGUAGAAAAGAUUAUCAAGAUCUGGAGCCCAUACAAGCAGCCAGGAUGUACCGGAGACCUAGACGGUCGGAUUGAGGAUGAUUCCCGCUGCCUCUACACCCACGAAGAGUACAUUAGCCUUGUGCUGAAUAGUGGGAGUGGCCUGUCGCAUGACUACGCCAACCAGUCUGUACAGGAAGACCCCCGGAUGAUGGCCUUCUUUGACUCCCUCGUGCGCCGUGAGAUUGAGGGCUGGAGCUCUGACUCAGACAGUGACCUGAGUGAGAGCACCAUUCUCCAGCUGCACGCAGGGGUCAGUGAGCGUUCGGGCUAUACCGACUCCGAGUCCUCGGCCUCGCUCCCUCGCUCCCCUCCACCUACAGUGGAUGAGUCUGCCGACACCGCCUUCCACCUGGGGCCCCUGCGGGUCACCACCACAAACGCAGUAGCAGCUACUCCACCACCGCCCACAUGCGAGGAUGCAGCUUCUCGCCAGCAGCGCCUGUCAGCUCUGCGGCGCUACCAGGACAAACGCCUCCUGGCACUUUCCAAUGAGUCCGAUUCUGAAGAAAAUGCCUGUGAGGUUGAACUGGACACGGAUCUCUUCCCGCGCCCACGGUCUCCCAGCCCUGAAGAUGAGUCCAGCAGCUCUAGCAGCUCCAGUAGCUCCGAGGAUGAGGAGGAACUGAAUGAACGCCGAACAUCCACCCGGCAGCGGAAUGCCAUGCGGCGUCGACAAAAGGCGCCCCGAGAAGAGAGGCCCAGCGCCCCGCCCAAGCCUACCAACACCUACAUUGGAGAAGAUAACUAUGAUUAUCCCCAGAUCAAAGUGGAUGACCUUUCCUCCUCUCCCACCUCCUCCCCUGAGCGGAGCACUUCUGCUCUGGAGAUUCAGCCAAGCCGGGCAUCACCAACUUCGGACAUAGAGUCAGUUGAGCGGAAGAUUUAUAAAGCUUACAAGUGGCUCCGCUACUCCUAUAUCUCCUAUUCAAAUAAAGAUGGAGAGAGCUCCCUGGUGUCGGGGGAAGCAGAUGAAGGGAGAGCAGGAACCAGCCAUAAGGACAACCCAGGCCCUUCCUCCAGUAAGGAAGCCUAUCUAAAUACUGCCAUGGCCCAGAGGAACCAGGACCUGCCCCCUGAGGGCCGCAGCAAGGAUGCUUUAAGAGAAGGAACUUCUGCUAAAAAUCCUGGCACUGCUGCAGGCCAUGAGCACAGCAGCCACUCUUGGGCAGAGGCACCAGAGGACACCUCUCAGGACACUAACAAUGGUGGCUCUGUAGAACACUCUUUUGAAACCAAGAAGCUCAAUGGAAAGGCUCUGAGCAAGGCCCUGAGCAGCCGGGCUGAGGAGCCACCCUCUCCUCCUGUCCCCAAGGCAUCUGGCUCCACUCUCAACAGUGAGUCUGGCAACUGUCCCAGGACCCAGUCUGAUGACAAUGAAGAGAGGAGCCUUGAAACCAUCUGUGCCAACCACAACAAUGGACGCUUACACCCCCGCCCCCCUCACCCCCACAACAAUGGACAGAACUUUGGGGAGUUGGAAGCAGUGGCCUGCUCUUCCCCAGGACAUUCAGACACUGACCAUAACUUAUCCCUGACAGGGACUCUCCUACACAAAGAUUGUUGUGGGUCUGAAAUAGCCUGUGAGACCCCCAAUGCUGGAAUGAGAGAGGACCCCACUGACCCCCCAGGCAUAGACAGCAGCAGGGCUGUUCAUGGCCAUAGUGGCCUCAAAAGGCACCGAGUUGAAUUAGAAGAUACAGAUUCAGAGAAUUCCUCCUCAGAGAAGAAACUAAAAACAUGAUAAGUACAAAGGGAAAAUAAAAAGCUACAAAAAGGAGCUUUACAAAACAAAAUUUAAUCCUGUUUAGUGAACACAAAGGAAAGGAAAAAAGUAUUAAAGGCACAUAAACCAGGGCCUGAAUUUUGUGUCUGAUGCUGCUCCCUUUUAUUCAACAAUGGGUCUGAUGUUCAGUUGGCCAUUGGCUUGUGCUGUGUUAAGAAAGGGAAAAAAAUCCAAGUGACUCCUUUCCAGUAAAACUUGAGCAUAGUGUACCUGUGCAGAUUCUGUUAAAGUAAACCCUUGUUGAGACAUUUGACUUGUUCUUGUGUGUGUGCACUGGCACGCGCGAGCUCAUUAUUUCAGACUUUUCCUUCAGUUCUCUAUCAAAAAAGGAUCUGUGUUUUUUGCCAUCUCACCUUGUUUACAUGCAAUAUGUGUUCUGGUCUUAAUGAAGAGUACCAGCUAAAUCAGGUUGUGCUGCCAGUGAGUAGUGGAUUUAUGCUUAUGCUGAAAGACUGGGGAGUAGAAUGGAAACAGGCCAUCAGCCCAUUGGCUGUGCUGGAAGGAAAGCAUGGUUCCUUUCUUAAAGAAAUCUUCCAUGUUUUCUCUCAGUGGCACUUCCACAUUGAGCUUUUAACAUAGACAUACUAAAAGUGGAGCAUUUUUAAUGCUAAUGAGAGGUUAGCACUUAAGAUCAGAUUCAAGAGAACAUAGAUCCCUGAUAAAUUUCACUGAUUGUAAAUCGAGCGAUGCUGCAACAUAUAUUGUUUGGAGACCAUAAGAUAUAACUAGUUGUGGGUAACACUUUAAUCAGUUAGAUACUUAGUUCUAAGAGGCACUCAAAAGGCCUGUAGACGCUUCCUUGGCCCCAUGGGAUGGCGUCUAGGCAUAUUAAAAGAAGGGGGAAAAACAGCUCUCAAGAGCUUUGUGCUCAAACUACUAAAAUGGAUGUUAUAUGUGUGUUAAGAAGUGUAGUAAAGAGCAGAGUGUGGUACUGUAUUAAUUUAAUUCAACCCAAAAUGAUUGGUGAGAAUGAUGAGCCUGGCAUCUUCCCUCAGGCUUGCAAUUGACAGAGGCUGUGGUGUUCUGACUAGAUCUUGCAGAGCAGUAGACAGCUUGACUUACUGACUUCUCUGUUAGGAAGCAGAGCAUGUGGAGAAAGGAGUCACUGGUUUAAGACUCCUGCCUCCUAGAAUAGACUCCUCAUUGAGGUCGAUAAAGAUUGAGGGGGGAAACCAGGAGAUUUUCAGCAUUGCAAUGGUAGUUACAAUCACUUGGUUAUCAAUGAAGGAUUGUGCAAGACAGGAAGAACUAGGAAUGACCAGAUAUCUUGUUGUCAUAGAUGUCAUGAAAAGGCAGGAGAAUAGUGGCAAGAAACAAGGAAGAGCAGAGGAGAACACUAUAACUUUCUUGGGCACAAAGGUGCUAGACAACUAGGAGCCCAGCCUGCAUUGGUAUAGACAGGAGCCAAUGUGUGACUGAUGUGGCCUCACUGAUUCUUUUAGAGGAAGGAGGACCUGUCCUACUGGAACUGGGACCAAGGGGAGACAACCUAUGGAAGGUGAAGACUUGGAUGGAUUUAGGCACCGGGGAGGAGGGGUUAUUUAUAAAAAGAAGGUUGUUGAUCUAAGCCAAAAGGAGAUAUCAUCUUGCUAAGUUUUGUGAAAGGAAAGAUGUGCCUGGUAUGUGUGGUGUGACUUGGGUGUGAAAACACUGUUUUAGGAGGAGGAGAUAAAAGAAUGUGAGUAGCAGUGGGGAUGCUUACAAUUUAACAACUGUAAUCUCACUGGGGGGGGAGGAAGUGAUUCUGUAACCAUUAGAAUUACUUUGGAUUUGUAAUCAAAAUGGUUUUAUGAUUUGUCUUUGACUAUUCACAGAUAAUUGUAAAUUCUGGUUUUAUAAGCCCAAGUCAUUUUACAUUUGCUUUUCCAAAAUUUAUUAAAUUGGAAUUUUUUAAUCCUUUAUAUACAAAAAAGAUACAGUUAUUCAGUGUGUGUUUCUCUUCCCCUUCCCAGUUAGCAUACCCAAUCUUUUUGUUUUAUUUAAUUGAUAGGUAUCCUUAUCUGACUUCUCUAAGGAUAAUCUACGUAUCUUUCUGAAGAAUAAAGUAGUUAAAGUUCCCUUGCAAACUAGCCACUUGGUAGUUCCUGCUCCCAAAUGCAGAACUUGGUCUUUUCAUGUUAAAAAGUCUUAAUCUCAUUUGGGUACUCAAAAGAGAAGUCAGAGUUUAUUCUAGUUCAACCUUAGUAUACAAGAAAGAUUGUUUUUCAGUAAGGAUGCCUUUCAUCCUUGGGAGCGACUCUUCCCAGCACCCCAGGGUCAACUUGCCAGGAGAUAGGCCCUGCAGGAUAGCCACAGGAGCGGGCUUGUCUGUAGUCACACCACUCUCGUUUCCAGAAAUCUGCCUGUGAUUGUGGUCCUGGCAGGAACUACUUCCUGGGUCCCUUUGCCUAAACCCUUCUAGAAUUGAGGCUCCAACUUUGGAGGCACAUUUAACCUAGGUUUUUCCAUGAGAGGUCUCUUUACUAGCAGGACGAUGGCACUGAUUAGAUUAGAGCUGUUCAAAAGUGCCUCGGUGGUUUUUUUCUGCAUCCUGUACAUAAAAUUUUAAGUGGCUGGUCCAGAUAUAUGAAACCGUUUCUCUUCACUUUAUUUUACUCCUGGUUUUGUAAGUGACUCCUGUGUCUCUAGGACUGCAGGUAAAUGAAUUAAGUGAAUAGUUGGCUUGGGGCAAACAAAGGUUGCUACUCUGCUUGAUUUACUAGCCUGGAGUCCCUUGUUUGUCAAGGUGCCUUCCUCUGCUGAAGCCUUACCUCCUCACCAGCCCACCUCUCCCAGCAAGGCUCUCUUCUGUGUAUAUGCAAAUAAACCUAUUAUUCACUUCUCCCGGCUUCCUCUUCUCUUCCAGGGAAGAUUUGGUUUCUUAGACACCCCUCCUCCUCCUUUUCUUUCCUGUUUUAAUACUUACCUAGUUGGAAACUUGAUUCAAAGCUACACCGGAGACAAGAAAAAUUGGUCAAUGGUCACUGUCACUUCUAGGUAUUGGCAUAGAGGUCACAUCUGGACAACAAAAUGUAGGGUAGGGGGAGGUCUCUACUUGUUCUUUUAACCAGGCUUAGAUGGACUCAGGAUAGUGAGAUCCUGGAAUUGACCCUUUUAUUAGUUGGAACUGAGGGAGUGAGGCAGUGAAGCAACAUUGCAAACAGCCCCCAAAGAAAUUAUGUUUCCUGAUGUUUCCAAAUAUCAGAUUGCUUUUCCUGCCCUGUC